CAAAGCUGCACAAGCAAGCUAAUUGCUUUCCUUUCUUCCUUGAGUCAUGGCGAAAAUGUUGGCUCCCCCUAUGCUGACUCAAUUCAUUGUGAUUGCGCUCUACAUUGCAGCUCUGCUGCUCAUUUCCUCUGAGGUGGCUACUGCCAUCAUGGAUGAUGCUUCUUCUGGAUUUAAUCUCGGAAGAAGGGCUCUUCUAGCUCAGUACAACACAGCCGGCAGAGGAGGAUAUAAUUAAGCAACACAGCAGCAAUUCUAUUCUGGUAGCAUAUGGAAUAUAUAUGUAGUAGUAUCUAGGCACAAGAGACUCGUUGCCUGAGGCAGGCUUGUUGUUAUGUAUCUUCUAAUGCAGUAAUAGAAUUAUGGUGAAAUAUGGAAUAAAGUGGCUUAUCCUUC